AUGAGUAAUUUUUCCAUAAAAUUACACACUAAUCCUAAUUUUUUGAAAUACCAUCUAUUUUGUAAAAUUUGUUCACGACCAUUUAUAUGUCUAGAAUGUUAGAAUGUUAUGAAUAUUGAAAAAGCAGGUUUUACAUGCAAAUUUUGUAUAAAUAUAUUCUAUUAUUCCCUUAUAAAAAAACACGCACAAAGAUUCUAAUAGAUGUCCUGUACAUUUUUGGUUCAUUAUAAAAUUUCAAUAAUAGGAAGAUUGGCUUGUGAUUCUUCUGAGAGAAUUGAAAUCUGA